AUGGAACCAGAGCCGACCAUUAGCGCUCUCCUCGAGGCUGUCACAGCCCUCACAGCCACCGUUGGGUCCUUACAGGACCAAAUCCGCUCCCAAGGCCAACAGCUCAGCGAGCUCAAGGCCAUAUGUAAAGAGACCGCGGACCUCCUCGGGGACAAGGACCAAGGGGGAACCACCCAAACCCAAGCACAGCCUGGCCCAUCGACUGGGCCUGUCACCCCUCCUUCCCAUACAGGAGGACAAGCCGACACUCCAAGAACGGCUAGGCCUGGGCUCAGGGACCCUUUCCGUCCCACCAGAGGCACCACUGGGUACAACUCCCAGGAAGAACAGCCAAGGAGGAUCAAGGAAGAACCUUGCGGAGCGCUUAGGGAUCUGAGGACCCUCACUCCUUUCAGUUCGGGAUCGGACACCAAACGUCCCAAAAUGGAGCUACCAGAUCCAUUCAAAGGGGAGAUUCGAGGGCGAAAGGCGGUUCAAUGGCUAGACCGCAUGCUGUUAUGGGGGGCCCUUCACAGGGACCAAUUUGAAGAAGACAAGCAGUUGAUCGUCUGGAUCCUCUACCACAUGGAGGAUAAAGCCGCUGAUUGGGCACUCCCUAUUAUCGGAAACAUCCUUAAGGGUGAAACCAAUGCCCCCACGACCAUUCCCGCCAUGACAACCAAGUUCAAGGAAGCCUUUGCGGAUCCGGAUGCCAAGAGAGCCGCCGCUAGGAAGAUCGCCGCGCUGACUCAGACAACCACCACGUCUGAGUAUGUUACCGAGUUCCGCAACCUUAUGGCGGAGCUUGAUUGGAAUGAGGAGGCAUACAUUGCCCAAUUCACGCGUGGUCUUCACUGGAAGGUGAAGGAACUCCUGUCCACCAAGGACAACAUCCCCGACGAACUGGAGGCAAUAUUUGCCGCCUCCAUCAAGAUUGACAAUACUCGUUGGGAAAACGAGGAGAACCGCCCCAAAAAGGCUCCUACCAAGGCCCCGGUUACCGCAACCACCUCCUCCACCACUACCACAAGGGUCCAAUUAUCAGAGGACCCCAAUUACGUUACCCCGGAGGAAAGGGACCGUCGCCGCGCGUCAGGACUGUGCGUCAAAUGCGGUCAGAAGGGCCACGGAAUAAAGCAGUGCCCAAAUGGCUGGAAAGCCACGGUUAAAGAAGUAGCCAAGCCCCCAACUUCCAAACUGGACAAUCUAGAUAGUUUUGAAUUUGUAUCUCUUGCAUUAGACUCAAAUAAAAAACCCCUCUUAUUUAUCGAUCUAUAUGUCCAGAAUUCCCCGGCAGAACCUCUCAAAACACUCAUAGACUCCGGAGCCACAUCAAACUUUAUCUCCCCUUUGAUUGUGGAAAAAUUAAAAAUCCCAAAAACCCAACUCGAAAAUCCACGAGUUGUGAGAAUGCUAGAUGGUACAAUCUCUCAGACUGGUCGCAUUUGGCACCAAGUUCAUCUCACGGUUUUGGCCAAUGGCCAUACACACUCCAUCCCUUUCUUAGUCUGCCCCAUUGGGAACACACCCGCCAUACUUGGCAUGACAUGGCUCACUCAGGAGUCACCCCUCAUAGACUGGAAUCUAGGCACCGUCACCUUCCCAGACCAAGCCCAGAUAGCCUCGGAAGAAGAAGCAGAUCCUAAUCCACUUGCCAAUCUACCUACGGAAUACCAUGAAUUUGCCAAAGUGUUUGGAGAAGAGGAAUUUAAGGUCCUUCCCCCGCACAGGGAAUAUGAUAUUGCCAUUGACCUAAUUCCCAACGCCAAACUCUCUCCUGGACCCAUCUACGGCAUGACUGAUGCAGAAUCCAAGGCACUGAAACUACACAUUGAUGAGGAAUUAGCAACGGGCAAGAUCCGCCCCAGCACUUCCUCAGCAGGCGCCCCUGUCAUGUUUGUUAAGAAAGCAGAUGGUUCUCUGAGGCUUGUGGUAGACUAUCGGAAGCUAAAUGACGUCACGCACAAAAACGUUUACCCGCUCCCUAGGCAGGACAACCUCAUGGCUAAACUCAGGCAUGCCAAAAUCUUCACCAAACUGGACUUGCGCUGGGGAUAUAAUAACGUUCGGGUAAAGGAAGGCAAUGAAUGGAAAACGGCCUUCAGGACCAAAUAUGGCCUAUUCAAAUACCUAGUCAUGCCAUUUGGUCUCACAAACGCCCCUGCCGCUUUCCAGCAUUUCAUGAACGAUUUGUUCAGAGACCUCAUUGAUGUAACCGUGGUCAUCUACUUGGACGACAUCCUAAUCUUCUCGGAAAACCCAGAAGAACACCCUAGCCACGUCAGGGAAGUCUUGUCAAGACUCAUGAAGAACCAGCUAUUCUGUAAACUGUCAAAAUGCCAUUUCCACGUCACCACAGUGGAUUACCUGGGAAUAGUCAUCUCCCCUGCUGGAUUCUCCAUGGAUCAGAAGAAGAUUGAGGCAGUCACGUCAUGGCCCACUCCCAGAACAGUGAAACAGCCUGGUUGCACGCCCUCUCCACAACCUCACAAAAAGGAAACCCCAUGGUCCUGGGGAACCCAAGAAGAGGAGGCCUUCCAAGAACUGAAAUCCCUAGUCACAAAAUCCCCGGUCCUGAUUCAUUCCAAUCCGGAACUUCCUUACUUCCUGGAAACAGACGCAUCAGGAGUAGCCAUGGGAGCAAUUCUUAGUCAGCGAGGUUCAGACAACAGACUACAUCCAAUUGCCUACAUGUCAAAAUCGUUCUCAGGGGCAGAAGCCAAUUAUGACACCCACAAUAAGGAACUUCUGGCAAUCAUCAAGGCAUUGGAGGAAUGGCAUAUAUUUCUGGAGGCAACGGACAAACCCAUCCAGGUCUUCACGGAUCACAGGAACCUGGAAUACUGGAUGCAGGCCCGAACAUUCAACCAAAGGCAUGCACAAUGGCGAAUUUUCUUAAGCGAUUUUAAUUUUGAAAUCCACUAUCGCCCGGGAAAACAAUCGGGAAAACCAGAUGCUCUAUCCAGACGAUCAGAUUAUGUGGACACGCCCUCAGAACCGGAAGUCAUGUUACCGGCAGAAGUCUUUGCCAAUACUUCAGAAGAAGAACUGGAAAUUGUCACAGAAAUACGCUCCAAGUUAAGGGAGGACCCCUCCGCCUAUCGAGAUUAUGAUUGGGAAGAAGACUUGCUAUGGUACCGUGGCAAGCUAGUUGUACCAGACUCAGAACCCCUCAAGGAGCGUCUACUAAGGGAAUUCCAUGACUCACCAUUAGCAGGACACCCAGGGCAGCAGCAAACCUUGGAACUCUUAAGUCGGAAUUAUUGGUGGCCUGGGAUGAAAUCCUUGGCUAAGGAAUGGGUAGAAUGUUGCCCGGUAUGCCAAGCCAACCAAAGGGCUCACGCACCAGUCAUUGCUCUUAAACCUUUGGAAGUUCCCCCGUUCCCGUUCCACACCAUCUUGUAUGAUUUCAUCUUGGGUUUUCCCAAGUCACAGGGCCACAAUGCCAUUCUAGUGGUAAUUGACUCAUUCUCCAAAUUUGGGCACUUCAUCCCUACUUCCAAAAAAGUAACCGCCAAGGGCCUUGCAGAUCUGUUCAUCACCCACAUAUGGAAACUACACAGGUUACCAGUCAAAACCAUCUUGGACCGCGGAACCACUUUCACAGGGAAAUUUUUAAGAGCCCUCUACCAACGGCUUGGAGUCAAACCAGCAUUCUCUUCUGCGUAUCACCCGGAAUCAGACGGACAAACAGAAAGGGUGAACCAGUUCAUUGAGUUCUACCUCCGAUCCUAUGUAGCCGCUGAUCACUUGGACUGGGCCACUUGGUUACCCUUGGCGGAGUACGCAUAUAACAAUGCCAGACAUGCAGCUACUGGGAAAACACCUUUUGAACUAGUAUACGGAAGAAACCCGGUGAUGAACCCAUCCAACGUCCCAUCUAAUGUGCCUGAAGCAGAUCAAGUGGCAAAUACCUUGGCCCAAGAAUGGAAAGAAGCCAAAGCGGCCCUAAGAAUGAGCAAAGAAAGGAUGACCAGAGAAAAGGGAACAAUACCCACAUACUCGAUUGGGGAAAAAGUCUGGUUGGACGGAAAAAACGUGGAGCUCAGGACCAACUCCAAUAAACUAGACCCCAAACGCCUAGGUCCCUUUGAAAUCACAGAGAAGAUCUUGAGUCACGCCUAUCGACUGAAACUCCCUGAAACUUUGAAAAUUCAUGACGUCUUUUAUGUAGGGCUACUUUCAAAAUCUCACGAAUCUCCAAGCCAACCGUUCCCGGAACAACCUCCCCCUGAAACAAUUGAAGGAGAGGAAGAAUACAAAGUUGAGCAGAUUAUUGAUUCAAAAAGACAACAAGGGAAGUGGUUCUACCUAAUAAAGUGGAAGGGUUACGGACCAGAAGACAACUCUUGGGAACCGGAGGAACUGCUGGAACACAGCCAGGAAGAGAUCAAGCGCUUCAACCAAGCUAGACUCAGAAAGGCUUGUGACGCCGCCAAGAGCCUUUAA